AUGGAGAAAGCUCUGCAGACACAAAAGGAUGGCGGUUUGGGGUUCAGAGUUAUUGAGGACUUUAACACGACUCUACUGGCCAAACAAUUAUGGCGAUUAAUAGAUUUUCUGGAAUCGCUGUUUGCAAGGGUAUUCAAAGGACGGUACUACCGGAAUUCUACACCUUUGGACAUUAUCAGAUCUUACUCUCCCUCCUAUAUGAGUAUAGUUUCAGCUCGACGUCUGGUACAAAAAGGACUUAUUAAAAGGGUUGGAUCAGGAUUCUCAAUCUCCGUCUGGGAGGAUCCAUGGAUUCCAGCUCCUAGCCCGAGGCCAGCCGCAGAACCUGGGAUUAGCUUCUUCCCCCACCUUCGGGUGAGUGAAUUGUUUAGUCCCGGGACAGCAACGUGGAAUUUGCCACUAUUAAAUCAGUUGUUUGAUAGUAUGGAUGUUCCCCUAAUUUUGGGGAUCCCAACGUCAUACCCCUCCCGUCCAGACUCCAUGGAAUGGUGUUUUACACGGACAGGUAGAUAUACGGUUAAAUCGGGCUACGAGAUAGCACAACAGCAUCGGGAAGAUAGCAUCGUCCCGGCCUUUGGUCCGGAUACGAGGGGCCUUCAGGCACAUGUGUGGAAAGUACGAUACACUCAAAAUUUACAACAUUUUUUAUGGCAAUCACUGACGGGUUGUAUAGCGGUUGGGGAUAGGCUGAGAAGUCGAGGAAUGCAGAUUGACCCUCAAUGUAUGCGAUGUGGGAUGGCGCCAGAAACAGUGAAUCAUACUCUGUUUGAGUGUCCACCAGCGCUUAAGGUUUGGGCUCUCUCUCCAAUUCCAACAGCUCCAUCUCGGUUCCCAAUAGGCAGUUUGUUUACAAAUAUGGCAUACUUGUUCUGGGAAUUACCAAAUGAUGACAGGAUGAGGAUGUACCCUUGGUUGAUUUGGUGUCAGGUGGAUGGAGCAUGGAAGGAGACAGAUUGUAGGGCUGGGCUGGGAUGGUAUUAUUUCAAUCCAGAAACACAGAGUAAGCUAAUGGGCUCGUGUAAUCUGAGAAAGGGAAUCUCCCCACUUCAGACUGAGCUAGAAGCACUCAUCUGGGCUAUACAGUGUAUGCUACGGCAAAGCAAAUUAGUUAUGGGGUUUGAGACGGACUGUUCCGACGUGGUGAAGAUGGUGUCUAAACCGGAGGAGUGGCCGGCUUUUACAAUACUUCUUGAAGAGGUCGACAGAUGCAAGAUGGGGUUCACCUCAUAUUCCAUUGUCCAUAUACCCAGGAUGAACAACACGAAGGCAGACAAGUUAGCACGCAGUGCUCGGGCUCUACCUACUGAUGUGUAUUAUGUAAACUCUGUAUCACCAGCUUGGAUUCCUAAGUUGUUCUAG